CGAGAUUCCUGCGCUCUGCAACCUUUCUGCUCAACCAGCCUGUCCUCGCGCUGUGCAACUUCCUGAGCAUUGAACCUAAGCAGUCCAUCCAUAAUCUCGAUAUUUCGUACAGCUUUUCGAAAGACAUAUCAGCUUCAUCCUUCAAGAUGGUUACCUCUAUUCCCGCUGGCGUCUAUGGACGUCGCAUCCCAGCUGGAGGCAUUCCCAUUCUCGCGGCUAUCGAUCCCUCUGCGGCUUUCCGCAUCACCAUGGCGGCCAUUGACCCCGAUGAGGAGCCCCAGAUCGAUGAGAACCACAAAGUCCCUCGCGCUACCCUGAAGCUCAUCCGCGUGCCCAUGGACUUCGAGGACAGCGAUGACGACGAUGAGGACUACGAUGAGGAAGAUAUUGAGGCUAUUGCUGCCCGUCUGCGCGAGGCUGGCGCUCUUCCCGAGGCCGACUCCGACCUGUCCGACGAGGAUGACAGCGAGGACGAGAAGAACGGUGGCCCAAGCGACCCCGUCAAGUCGAAGAAGGCCAAGCAGGCCGCGCUCACCAAGAAGCUGCAGCAGGACCUCGAGGCUGACGAGAUGGAGAUCGACAGCAGCCUGACCAACGGUGUCAAGGGCAAGGGCAAGAUCACCGCCGACGACCUCAGUGAAGAGGAUGACGACGAGGAUGAGGAUGAUGAUGACGAGGAUGAUGAGCCUGAGGAGCUUGUUCUUUGCACCCUGGACCCAGAGAGGCACUACCAGCAACCCCUCGACAUCACUGUUCGUGAGGGCGAGGAGGUCUACCUUAUGGUCAGCGGUACCCAUGAUGUCUUCGUCACUGGUAACUACAUCGCAUUCCCCGAUGAGGAUAGCGAGGAUGAGGAGGACGGCCUCGAUGGCCUCGAUUACGACCUCUCGCCCGAUGAGGAUGAGCUUGACAUGGACGACAUUGAUGAGUCUGAGGAUGAUGAGCUUGAUGGUCUGCAAGAUCCCAGGGUCACUGAGGUUGACUCCGAGGAGGAGGCACCCAAGCUUGUUGAGGGCAGCAAGAAGGGCAAGAAGCGUCCUGCCGAGUCCGAGGAUGAUGCUACCCUCGAUGACCUGAUCAGCAAGACCAACGGCGAUGCCAAGCUCAGCAAGAAGCAGGCCAAGAAGCUGAAGAAGAACGAUGGCCAGGCAACCGCUGGUACCGCCGAGUCAGCAAAGAAGGCCGAGAAGGCUACUGAGCCCAGCAGCGACAAGAAGAAGGUUCAGUUCGCCAAGAACCUUGAGCAGGGCCCCACUGGCUCGCCCAAGGUCGAGGCGCCCAAGGCAGAGGCAAAGAAGGAGGCGGCUCCCAAGGGCCCACGAGUUGUCGGCGGUGUCACCAUCGAUGACAAGAAGGAGGGCAAGGGCAAGGCUGCCAAGAAGGGUGACCGCAUCGAGAUGCGUUACAUUGGCAAGUUAAAGAACGGAAAGGUCUUUGACUCCAACAAGAAAGGCAAGCCAUUCGCCUUCAAGCUCGGUGUCGGCCAAGUCAUCAAGGGCUGGGAUGUCGGUGUCGCUGGUAUGACUGCUGGCGGAGAGCGCCGCCUUACCAUUCCCGCGGCCCUCGCAUAUGGCAAGAAGGGAUCUCCCCCGGAAAUUCCUGCCAACUCUGACUUGAUCUUCGACAUCAAGUGCAUCUCCAUCGGUUAGAAAGGUGUUCGACUGUAUUUGUCCGAUUGUACGCGUACAGGGCCCACUUCCCUCAAGUACGAUGCCGGGAUCCGACUCCACUCCUGCGCAGUAGGCUCGCGCGGGACUCCACCUGCCUGCGUGCGUUCGCGCUUCUCUCGUAUAUUUCCGUCGUCUGAUUUUCCUGCAUAGCGCGAUGAGUGAGAUAUCCGACUUGCAUACUCUGGGAUUUUGUUAGAUGACUGCAGGGAGGACGGAUUUCUCACCCCCUACGCGACAUGUUUUCCCAUGUCAACGGCAUGUGGCUGUGAUAUAGCAAGGCGAUUGCCAACAUAGGCACCAGUUCGCUGAGGACGCUAUUUCGAAAAGUUAUGGAGUUUAGGUUUCGAUCUAUGUAGUCUAUCAAUGUUUUAGUCGUAUUACCCC